UGUCAGCUGACUUACGACUGUUCACAGCCAGUGAAAACAUUCAACGGAAAUCAGUCUUGAAGAAGCUGUUAAGUCGUGAAACAUGAGGAUCAAGUUUCUGGGCCUUCUGAUCGCUUCUGUUUUGGUUGCUUAUUAUAUUUACGCUCCUAUUCCAGACAAUGUGGAGGAUCAAUGGAAGCUGAUGUUGUUUGAUGCUUUCUUAAGAACUGUAGGACAUGUGGCUACAAUUGCUGAGAAGCUGGGUUUUGGAAACUACAUGGAUGUUAUGAUGAAGAUUACAACUAUGGAAUAUACACCACCAGUGUCCGAUGAAAAAGUCAUUGUGACAGACACCAAAUUUAAUGAUGUUCCAGUUCGUUUGUAUAUACCUAAAGGGCAGCCUGACUCUUUGAAAAGAGCAAUGAUUUAUUUUCAUGGAGGUGGAUGGUGUGUAGGAGCAGCAGGCAUGAAACCUUAUGACUCUCUGUCAAGAUGGACUUCGGAGAAGCUAAAUGCUGUCGUAGUAUCAGUCGAAUACAGGCUGGCACCUAAAUAUCAUUUCCCAACUCAGUUCGAAGAUGCGUAUGCAGUUGUGAAGUACUUCCUGCAAAGCAGUGUUCUUGACCAAUACAACAUAGAUUCAAGAAGGAUAUGUGUUUCGGGAGACAGUGCAGGAGGAAAUUUAGCAGCAGCUGUGACACAGCAGCUCCUUCAUGACCCUGAUGUCAAAAUUAAACUCAAGGUUCAAGUUUUACUUUACCCAGCUCUUCAGACCAUAGAUCUGGAUUUGCCAUCCUAUAGAGAAAAUGCAAACAUGCCAGUUUUGUCUAAGUCUUUAAUGGUGAGAUUCUGGAGCCAAUAUUUUACAAACGACACCUCUCUAAAAGAAGCGAUGGAAACCAAUCAACAUGGUCCUACAGAGCUGAGUGGUUUGUAUAAGUUUGUAAACUGGAGUCACUGGCUGCCUGAAAGGUUUAAAAAGGGCCACAUUUACAUUGCCCCAUCACACGGCAGUUCCAAGUUUGUACAGAAAUACCCAGGGCUCCUGGAUCCCAGAGCAGCACCACUAUUGGCUGAUGAAACCAAACUGCGGGGCUUACCUCUGACAUACAUUUGCACGUGUCAACACGAUGUCUUGCGAGAUGAUGGGAUUAUGUACGCCUCCCGACUUAGAGAGGCAGGAGUUCCAGUGAUACAUGAGCAUGUGGAGGACGCUAUUCAUGGAGCUAUAAUGUUUACUACAAGUCCGCUCAUCCUAUCUGCAGGACAGAGGAUGGCAAAUAACUACAUUAACUGGCUAAAUGAGAACUUAUGAAGAAAAUAAUAUCUAUGAAAUGCCUUUGGCUCUGAUUUGUUCCUGUUAUGUUUUUUUAAAAACUGUUUUCCAAAGAAAGAAAUGACCUUUUCUGGGAAUAAUGUGGCUAUUGCAUUUGUUUGGAAAUUAUGGAACACUUUUCUCCUUCAGUCUGGAUGAUCUUUUCAAAAAACUUUUCAUCAAUGUGUAACUCAUUUUCUUUUUUCUAAAAACACUGAAAUCAAAGGAAUUUUACUUUCCAGUUAGUCCAAGGGUAAAAUUGAUAAUGUAUGGUACUAUAUGUAGGUCAGAUUUCUUCCUUGGCAAGUGAUUUAGCUUGGAUCUACUAAGUACCAUUUUGAAUAGUGGCUUAUGGAAUCUUGUUCACUAUUUCAGACAGCAGAUUAAUUCUGCCACAAAAAUGCAGCAAUGUGAUUAUUUCUAUAGCAAUUUUCAGGCAUUAUACUUUCAGUCCUAUCUUGUUUAUUGGGGGAGAGAGAGAGCUACAUGAGACCCCGUCAGUUAACAUAUGCCUUUUUAAAAUGACUUGAGUCUAUGCAACUGGAAACACAGAUUUUUGAAGGUACAUAUUCCUGAAAACUCAUGCUGAAAAAUAUAGCAAUAGACACAGUGAGCAAGUGUAUCAAGAGGAUCACAAAUAGCACACUGUCCUGGUACAAUGAGGUAGGAGCAUGAAAAUCAUAAUGAUUGAAAAGAUUUUAAGUAUGUUCUUCAUCUUUUGAAGAUGGGCUAUGCUACUGACCAUUUUGCUGGAAGUCUUGUUGAUCAAGGAAAGUCUAUUCUUCAGUUUUUCUCUCUGAAGUUUUCUGUGACUUUUAAAUAUAGUCAAAGAAACAAACAAAAUAAAAAAACCUUUGUGGCCUUUUAACAAUGAACUGUUGUUUUGAUAGUAUGAACAACACUGUACCUCUUCACAUAUCACUGUAAUUAUACUUGGGCUAACUGCAAAGUGCGGACCAGAAAGCUGCAAAUAGCUUCAGCCUGUAUUUGCUACUAAGAUUUCUUAAUGAAUAAUAAGUAGCUUAUGUUAAGUAAUUUAUAUGUAGUCAACUAUUGGUGGGUGAUACCUAUUAGGUCCAUAAUAUUUAAUGAUGGCCAUUCCAAUUAAAUGUAUGCAUAUGGUGAUCCUUUGAAGAUGCCAGUCACAGAUGCAGGCGAAACUCAGGAGAAAAUGCUACUAGAACAUAGUCAUAAAACCCAGAAAUCACACAACACCCCAGUGAUUCCAGCUGUGAAAGCCUUCAACAAUACAUACAUAUGAUGUACUGCAAACAGAGAGCAUUGCCUAUGUAAGCACAUCUUCAGCUCCCACCCAGAUAGAGAUUCUGAUGGUGUUGUUGCCACUGUUAUUUUAAAGCAGCAGUUUUCAAAUUUAUAAAUUUACUAUAGUUUUGGAGACCAGCUUGCAACUUUCCCCCACACAACACAAAAUGCAACAAUCUAAUAGUAUACCAAAACUGAACAAGUUUUUCAUAUUGUUUUUCGUAUUUACUUUUUAUCAAUAGGGAGAAUUACUGAGAGCCAGGGUGCAUUUCAUGGCUGUUUUGCACAUUAUGCAGAAGCAAGUUCAAAUUUGCCAUAGAGUCUCUUAGAAUGAGCUUACUGAAAUCAUGUGACAAGGUCAAGGUGACGCAGCAAGUUUUUAUGGCAGAGCGUUUUGAACCUGGGUCUCGCAGAUCCUAGGCUGACAUUCCUAAACCACUAUGUUACACUACCCUGAAAGAAUGAAACUCCUUACUGUCCCUAAUGAGGAGGCUUUCAAGUUCUAGCCCCCAUUGUGUGGUCCUUCAGAGAAAUGUAAAAAGAGGCUAUGACAUAAAAACUUAAAACAGGACGUUCGCACCCACCACCUGAAUCUUUAGGAAUCAAAAUUUGCCAGUUCUUUUGGAUUUUCUUUUGUUAGUAAGAGCUCAGAAUACUCAGCAAAUUGCAGCUCCCAGUGAUCUGAGCUCAGAAGUUUCCUAAUGAUGGAGCAAAGAUCAGCUUUCCUUUUUAGCCCACUCCAUCAGUACUAUUGGAUAGUAAGUCUGGUGGGGAAAGAAGGAAUAGUGGCAGCUCAACAUGACUAUAUUUGUGAACUGUGUGUAAUUUUGUCUUGGAUUUUUAAAAACUUACAAUACUUAUUUAUAUAUUGUGAUGACUUCCGUCUUGGACAGUACAAUUGAAUGGGCUAACUGAUGUGUGAAAUAUACUUAGCCACCAUUCAAAUUAGUUACAUAAUGUUGGCUGAGAAAAUUAUUCCAAUGUUGUCUAAUAACACCACAUUGCAGAGGACAUUACUGAAUUGGACCAUUGCCUGUAGACUGUACUGAGUUUAUGGGCUAAUGGUCUAAUUGGGAACCAUACAGAGCAUAUGUUCAUAUGGAUCCAGUCAGUGAUUGGGAGGGGCAGUUGUAACGUUAGCCUUGUUCGUGAAAGUUUUGCUAAAAGUGUUCUUAUGAAAACGCUAGUCAAAACUUCAGGCAUAUCUUAAAUUUUUAUAGUCUAGAGCAAAUUGGACAACAGGCAUGGUGGAAAUUUAAAAUGGGAGAACAGGUAACUUACAGGGUGGGUGAAAUGGGAAUGAAGUGGGUCGAAAGGUGUAACCUGUUAGAAAAGAUUUUCUGUGUUGAUCUAAUUAUUAUCAAGGCUGAAUAAAUGAAAUUUAAUUUU